AUGGCAUUAUCAUUCGAUAGCAGUUGGAUGUGGUAUCCAUCAUUUCAAGAAGAUCGAGAAGAUACCUCCGGCUCCAUCGUCGGGUUUCGUCGAUCAUUCUUCCUCGAAAACUGGACCCGACACCCUGUAUCGAUUCAUAUCACGGCAGACACGCGUUAUAAGCUUUAUGUCAAUGGUCACGAGGUUGCAUACGGGCCCGUAAAAGGAGAUACCAGUCUAUGGUUUUAUGACGAGGUGGAUAUUGGACCCUACUUGAAGCAAGGAGACAACCGUAUCCUUGUACGCGUCCUGCGCCUGUUCUACGGCACGACAUACGCGCCCAGUUUCGCAAGAUCAGCCUUCGGGGGACUGAGGAUAAAAGUUCCCGAAGACUACUCCCCAUUGAAAUCACAGUUGGAAAGCAGUACAGAGUGGGAAACUGCCAUCGAUGAAGCUACGAAACUCAGAGUAGAUGAGCCAGAAGACGCCUUUCUUCACAUUUACGAGCAUGUGACAUCUCGAGGGAAUACAGCGUUGACAUGGAUCCCCACGGUGCUUUUGUACUACAAGGAUUCAACAGGAAAUGCUCCUCCUUGGAACCUGUCAUCUCGCCGCAUACCUGAGUUUGAAAUGAAAAGCACUGGUUUCGCUGCGAUCCACAAUAUCAAAAGCAGCCUACCUGACCAUGCCUGGAAACAUCAUCUCAUUGAUUGUACUGUUCCAAAGGUCGACAGCGGUCUAGUCCUUCCCGCUGGAACAACACAUCGAAUUGAUCUGGAAAUGACGAAUCACACCACCGCUUUUCUUUCGUUCCAUUUUCAGAGGCCAACUCAGAGUGGAAGUAUACUCAGAGUAAAGUACUCCGAAUGCUACGAGGAUCAACCUGAAGAUGCACCUUGGAUUAGGCGCAAAGGUGGUAGGUGCGAUUACCGGAAAGAACUAUAUGGGCCUUCGGAUAUAUAUGAAUUUGAAGGACAUCAGCCUGAUCAUUCGAAGAACUGGCUUGAUGAUGACGAGUCACCUUACGAGGUCUAUAGCCCGUUUCACUGGCGCACAUUUCGGUUUGUGCAGCUGGAAAUCGAAGUUGGUUCCUCGGAUCUUGUCUUUCAUCGAAUAGACAUGAAGACAGUCCAUUAUCCACUUCAUGUUGAGGCAGACUUUCACGUCGCGCAGAGCGGUAGUGAGAGUGCGUUUUGGCAACGCAUGUGGGAUACGAGCGUACGCACACUCCGCAACUGUAUGCACGAUUGCUACGAGGACUGCCCGUUCUAUGAACAGCUGCAAUAUGCUAUGGACACUCGAAGCUCCGCUCUCUUCACCUAUCUUCUCUCCAGAGACGAUCGUCUCGCCCGGCAAGCGAUCGUUCAGAUCCACAAUUCUUUCCAGGCCCAGAAAGGGUUGACGGCAAGUCGGGCGCCUUCGCAUCGCCAGCAGUUCAUUCCCAGUUUCUCGCUCUUCUGGGCUUGUACGGUCUGCGAUCACUUCGAGUUCUUUGCUGACGGUGACUUUGUGCGCACGUUCAUGCCCGUUAUUGACGCAAUUCUUGCCUACUUUGAUCGUACUGUCAAUACAGAUGGCUUGGUGACAUCGAAGACGGAGGUCGGGAUCUGGAACUACGUCGAUUGGACAACGCAAUGGAAACCCCAUGGCAUACCACCAGGAGCUAAGAGAGUGGGCAUAUCAACAUUUACGAACCAGCUGUAUGCCUACACGCUACAGAAGGUUGCGAAGUUGGCAACUGCUUUGGGUCGGCCAUCUCUAGCCGUAGAAUACGGACAGAGAUCUUCGUCCAUUGUUGCAGCCGUGCUAGAUCACUGCUAUGACGGCUCCUUCUUCACCGAUACCUUGGCGACUGAAUCCAGCUCAGUGGAUCGGAGCCAGCAUUGCCAGGUAUGGGCCGUCUUGAGCGGCAUCUUCACCGGUGACAUCGCACGAGAUCUACUACAUCGUAGUUUAACGAGUGCGCGGGCGGGAAACAUCGUUCAGGAAUCGACUUCAAUGUCGUUCUACACAUUCAGAGCACUGAGCCUGGCGGGUGGAUCCUUGUAUGACGAAUGGUUCAAUGAACUAUGGGGACCGUGGAGAGCCCAGUUGGAGUUGAACCUCACGACUUGGAUUGAAGAUGGUGUAUCCCAGCGUUCGGAUUGUCAUGCAUGGGGAUCGGUGGCGAUUUAUGAAUUGCUUGUCGAGGUUUUGGGUAUUCGCCCAGUAGAACCAGGAUUUACAGCGAUUGAGUUGCGUCCAAGGACCACCCUUUUCAGUCAAGUAAACGCCAGGGUGCCUUUAUCUCGAGGGAAAGAGGGUUCCAACCAAGGGAAGAAUCUUCGAGUAUAUUGGGAGCCGCUGGCGUCGAACCAAGUGCAGGUAUCUAUCAAGCUCGAGGGAGGCGAUUCUAUCAAAGUAUACGUACCAGAUCUGGAUCGUACGCUCGUGUUGGAUGGGAAAGAGCAGGAGAGUCGGUUUGUUAUAGAUAGCGGGAAGGACAUUUCAUAG